AUGGACAGGAACGAUUAUAUGGACAAAAUGAAGACACUUCUGAAUGACAAUAAUACCUACAUUAAAUUAAAAAAAGAUCCUAUCAACCUCAUAAAAAACAAAUGUAAUGAUCUAGUUAAAUCGUGGCGGGACUUGGGUGUCAUCGAAGAGUACACAUAUAAACAGCUACGCUGCACAAAUGGUAACCUGCCCAGGUGCUUUGGAUUGCCAAAAGUGCAUAAAGCCGGUUUCCCUUUACGUAUUAUUGUUUCUACAAUAGGCAGUCCAACAUAUAAGAUUGCAAAACUCCUUAGUGAUAUUUUACAAGUGUCUGUCCAGAAACCCCUUUCUCAUGUCAGUGAUAGCUGGACCUUUGUACAAAAAAUUAGAGAAAUCAAAAUUAACCCUGACCAAUCCAUGGUGUCAUUUGAUGCCACUUCUCUAUUCACAAACAUUCCGAAAGAGCUAGUUAUCAAAGCGAUAGAACGAAGAUGGAACACGAUUUCCACCAAUACCGGCCUUAAUUUACAACAAUUUUUACGUGCAAUCGAUUUAAUCUUGAGUUCGACCAGUUUUUCUUUUGACUCACAAUUUUAUGACCAAAUUUUUGGUAGUUCUAUGGGCUCUCCACUCUCACCCAUAUUAGCUGAUAUGGUCCUUGAUGACCUAGAGACUCAUUGCUUACAAUCAUUAAACAUCACGUUACCAGCGUUCUUCAGAUAUGUAAACGACAUAUUCAUUAUAGUUCCAACUUUAAACAUAAAUGAACUAUUGAACACUUUCAACAAUUACCAUACGAGAUUGCAAUUUACCUGUGAGACUGAGUCUAAUGGUUCAAUAAAUUUUCUUGACACAACUGUCAUUAGAAGUGGUGAAAAAUUGUUAACUAAUUGGUUCAGAAAACCGACUUUCUCGGGUCGUUACAUCAAUUUCUUUUCCAACCACCCGUUUAAUUAUAAGACCAACAUUAUUACAAACUUAGUGGAUCGAGCCAUUUUACUUUUGGACGAGCAGUUUCAUGAUUCGAACUUAUGCGUGGGGUCUGAUAUUCUCGCCAACAAUUGCUAUCCUACACAUGUCAUCAAGAGGUUUAUUAACAAGAGACUAAAAGAAAUAAAACAUAGAGUAAUCACAAUAGACACUAAUAAAAAUAGAAAUAAGAAUGAUUUUUUCGUUAACAAAAGCAUUAUAACUGUUCCUUUCAUUAAAGACAUUGGUGAAAAUAUUCAGAGCAUCUUAAAAGAUCGUGGUUUUUACCCCGUUUAUACCAUCCCAAAAAAAUUGAAAAACGUCAUUAAAAAAGGGAAGGAUAAACUGGAUAAUCUCAAACAAACCGAAAUAGUAUAUAGGAUCGAAUGUAGAAAUUGCGAUGCAUGCUAUGUCGGACAAACUAAGCGACACUUGGCGACUAGGAUAAAAAAGCACCAGUCGAACAUUCGGAAGAACUCUGACAACCACUCAGUAGUUAGCAAGCAUCGUGAAUCUCUAAAUCACGAUUUUGAUUGGUUCAAUCCUACAAUAAUACACAAAGAGAAAUACACCAAGAAAAGAGAAAUAGCUGAAAUGCAGCAUUUAUUCAUACUCAACCUCUAUACAUCCUACAUGGUAGCAGAGCGUGGUUCGCUGAAUAAUGGACCAGUAUCAGAGUCAGGAUUAUUAGAACUUCCGGUCAGAGCACGUGGCGGAACGCAAGUAUAA